AUGAACUUUACAGCCCCACAAAUGUCGGGAAAGAUUGUGACGGCAACGAUGGAGUCACAUAUCACAAACCUCGAGUCACUGCUGGCGAGGAUGGAGGACAUGAUGCACGAAGCAGACUAUAAGGACGUGACAUUCACCAAGCUGCGCAAACGAAAGAAUGACAAGGAGGAGAAGUUGUUUGUGGCCAAGAUCAACAACUUGAUGCGACACCUCAUCGAGUUCAAGGCCGAUCGCUCGCUCGUGCACAUCUUUCAUCUGCGCUUCAUCCAUUCGUGCACGCCCAUCCGGCGCCAGCGCCUCGCCAAGAUCAUCGCUCAGCUGACAGAAUAUCUGCGGAUCAUCAACAAGGAGUCGCCAUUGAUUGUCAGCAACCCCAACAGCAGCAACAGCAGUUUGGGCGGCCAAACAUCGUCAGGCCCCAUCUACGAGAUGUCUGGCUCGAUCACGUCGACUGGCACCUCGAACAGCACCAACUCACCCAACUCUGUGCCAUCCAGCGCGCAAGGCCACGACUCGUCAGUGAUGGAGAACCUGACGCUGGCCGGCCUGUCCAUGUCGUUGCACAGCAAUGGCGCGUCGGCCAAUCCCUCGCCCAUGCACAUGUCGCCCAAUCUGGCCGCGUCGCCACCCUCAGCCGCCUACUUUGUCAAGGAGGCGCCAGAGGUCAAGAUGGCGCGCGAGCUCUACGACUAUCUCACAUCGCAUCGUACCGAUCCCGACAACUCACUCAUUGGCUGCGAGCUCAGCUCGUCGUUCAUCGACGGCCUCUUUAAGUUCCGUUCACAGCACUCAUACAACAAGCGAUCGUUGGUCAGGAUGAUCAAGAGCUGGGGUGCGCUCAAAGACGAGUCGCUCAUCAAGGAGGUGCGCAAGAUGUCCGCCACACUCAAUGGUUUGGACUUUAAGCGAGGCGAAUUGGUAGUGGUCGACCUUGGCAAUGAUGGUAUUGGCGGCGGUAGUGGCAUAAACAACAGUAAUAAUGGCAGCGGCAAUGGUGGAGCGGAUGACGACGACUAUGUCUUUGACAUUGAUGAUGAGCCUGCUACCACAGUAGCACCAACUUCCAACAAGCCACACAACACAAGCAACAUCAGCAUUAACAGCAACAACAACAAUAACAACAACAACAACAAUCACAGCAACAUAUCAAUCACAAACAAGAGUAACAGUAGUUUGAGUCACGCGCUAGACGAGUCCAUCGAGCUGAGCAAUCGACCAAAUGUAUAUAAGUUUGCGAGAUUCGACGACGAGCAUCUGAGCCGCAGUUGCAAGAUCUUCACGAUACCAACCGAGGACGCCAAGACGUCCACGACCAUCGUGAACAGCUCCAACGUCUACAAGCUCAGCCCCGAGAUCGUUGAGCAGAUCCGGUCGGAGAAGAACAUCGUCAAGCUGAUCGUCGACCCGUCCAUCCCCUUCAAUCUCAGCCUGGCGCAGCGCGAGAACGACCUCUUGUAUCGCUACCUCGAGUCCAAGGGCGUUGAGAUUAGCAUCUUUGAGCGAUGUCGCAGCAACCAGACGUCGUUCGCCGAGAUGCCCGCCAUCAAGAACUGUCGUCGCGUGAUGGGCCAGCUCGAGAACAACCUCAGCCAGCUGCCCCUGCUGACGCAGGCCAUCCAGUUUGCCAAGCAGGAGUCCAAACCAUUCUUGGAGACCACGCGCAAGACCUGCUUCUACAUCCCCCUGCUGAUGCAGAUGGAGGAGAUGGCUAAGAACAUCGAGGCCGACCGCGAAAAGAAGAUCAGGACGCGCAUUCAACAGCUGAUGACCUAUGUCGACCUCAACCUACAGAAGCUGAUGGAGGAGAAGAAGGAGAUCCUCGAGGGAUCGGCCAACAACAAGCUGUCUCAAUGGUGGAUGGCUAUAAGCAGGGAGGAGGUCGAGUCCUUCCUCCUGAAGCGUCAAUUCGACUUCAACGCCGUUCCACAAGACUACAUGGAGAAGCCGCCACAGAACAUGGCAGCUGUCCGAUUCAACCUUGAUCUGCUACACGACAUAUUGACCCCUAAUGGAGGAGGACAAACAAAGUCUAGCGUGCAGUUCAGCAAGACGGUUGUGGAGAAGCUCGUCCGCGACGUGUAUCCAAAGAUAGAGCUGUUUGUUGUAAAAUGUAAACUGGUAGUAUUGGAUUGUAUUGGCGCUUUUGACGUGUCGCUGGCCGAGCUCGAGGCCAAUGGCAUGCUGGAUAUGGAUCGCCUGCGUCAGCUGUAUCUGAUGCACAAGCAGAACCUCGAGCGCCAAAAGUGCUCGCAUAUCGAUCGCAUCUUCAAGGACAUCGAGUACCUGUUGGACAUGCGCCGCCUGGAGGACACGACCAGCCCGACCGAGAAGCGUCUGGACAUCGUAACCAUCAGCGGCAUCACGUUUGGCAGGCUGCAUCGCCUGGAGAACGAGAUGAGGACUGUCGUCGAGCUGUGGAAGCACCUGGAGACAUCUCCAUCCAGCAGCAGCCCGCCUGUCCUGCAUACCAAGAACUCAUUCCUGAACUAUAUAUCAAAGUCGACUCCGCAGCUGCCCACCAUGAUAUCGGGCGGCAGCCACGCCUCGGAGCAGCAGUCGACGGCUCCCCAGAAACCGCUGCCGCCAACUCCCAAGAAGGGCUCCAAGGAGGACAAGCGAUGGAAUGAGCCACUCAAACCCAUUGCCCGUCUGCCUCAGCUGCUCAAUCAACAGAGAACCAAAACACAGCCCCUUCAGCACCUCAACCGCAGCGAGCUGUCGCACAGCAGUGGCAGCCUACCGACUGCCGCUUCGAUAUUCAACCUGCAGCGCGACAUGAGCAACUCGUCGACCAAGAGCAGCUCCAGCGACUCUGCGUUCAGCGAGGACGCUCAAGAGCAGUUCCAGUCUGACAUGUAA